ACUUGAACUUCGAAUUCUCCGCCAUCUUCUUCUCCCGCCUGAAGACCCCACAGGAGAAAAGAGAAAGAAAUCGGUCUACAGUGUUCUCAUAUGGUUAAAAGCAGCAACGUUUAAUGGACUCGUGAGCAUGGCUGGAAAGAAGUCUGCAAAGCUGCUGGUUUUUCUGAGUCAAGAUGACAAAAGAAAAUUGUUGCUGCCCAAUGGGAUUCCUGAGUCUGUGGAGGAGCUUUUUGAUGAUGUGAGGAGAGCUUGUGGAUUGAGGGGCAACUUCAGGGUCCAGUACCAGGACAAAGACUUUGGUGAUACAUUUGUAAAUUUGACAUGUACUGGAGACCUUGAAGAUCUAUGCACCAUCAAAGUAAUCCCUUUGCCUGAUGAAGAUGCAGCUCCUGCACAGACACAGACAGCUGUCAAUGUCAGUCUCAGUAGUGAUGAUGCCUGUACCAUUUCCGGUGAAACUGAUGACACAUUGAUUUUAAACUCACCAUCCUCUAGCCAUUCGUCAAGGACAGAGCAAUGGCCAAAAGAGUUUCCCAUUCCAAGCUUUUCAUAUGACACUGAAGUCCAGUUAGAGAGAGGAAAUGCUGCCUUUAAGGCGAACGGAACAAGGUUGACAGUCACUCCUAGGAUGAAGUCAGACAUUCUGGAGAAGGUGUCUGAUCAGAUCUACAAGUAUAAAGCCUACCCAAAAACAGCAGACUUUUGUGAGGUUUCAGAGGCACUGAUAAAGAAGCACCCCUGCUUGGCAGAGCCAGGAUCUUGGAAUGGCUGCUAUGGGUGGACACAGAGACUUAAAACCAGGAUGGGAAACCUCCGUACCCAACUGAAAGGACUUGGAUGCCCUGAGCUUGCUGUCAAUUCUCUAAAGACCAAAGCUACAGAUGACGCCUAUUCAGCAAAGAAUGUCAAGCGACCUAAACGUGGUGAGGCUAACCAUGUGCCGUCCUAUCCAGCUGGUGAGACAGCAGAUAAUCUUGAGAUGGAGCGGCAGGUACUUUUGAAGGAGGUGAAGAAAAGGAACAACGGGAGGAUCAUCCGAGAAAAAAUGGCCAAGACAUUUGCCCUCCGUAGACAAGAAAUUGUGGAAAAACAGCCCAGGGUGGAAGAACUCCUGGAGCGAUGGCCAGCGAUGUUUCAAGAACAGGAGAUCAAUGCUGAAUUCCUAAGGAUUACAACGGUACCGCUACAAUCACGGUUCUUGGCUGGUUUGGAUAAGCAGAGCAGUCAGCUUCUUCAGCUCAUAAGGAAAAAAGGUGGAGCUGUUGGUGAGAAAAUCAGGGACGCCCUUAAACCUUUGGAUCAGGGCGUGGACUUGGAUAUAAGAAGAGAGUGCCUCCUGAAGUCGUUAGUGAUUUACCUGGGUGAAGAUGUGAGCCACCUGAUCAAAGAAUACCUGGUUGUCCAAAAGGAAGAAGCGGAGGAAGAACUUGAAAAUGCCGCCAUGGCCAUCUUUGUCCUCCGCGAUGGUGACGCGCUCUCCCCUCCAAAGGACAUUGGCCUUGUCAUCGAUGGUGUUGAGAGAUUCUGCAGCCAGCUGUCUGAUCAGAGAUCCAGAAACCAGGAGCUGCAGCUGCUUCUUGGAGGUGGAACCAAGGAGGAGGAAAGUUAG